GUGACUGGCAUAUGUCAGCCCAUGGACGUCUCUGUGAUGAAGGCUUUCAAGAACCACAUUAUGAAUGCUUACCUGCAGUAUCAUCUCGAGCACCCGUUUCUGGCGACUGCGCGCGAGAAGCGAGCCCUGAUGUCACGCCUUGUGGCCGAAGCCUGGGACGCGGUACCUGCCACGGUGAUUACCAACGGCUUCAUCAAGGCCGGCUUGAUUCCAACCGGCCCCCGAGACCGCAGUGCCCGC